GUUUCUUUGGAUCGCUGUAUGCACGAUGCUCUAGUUCUUUCGGAUUUAGAUUUAAUCAAGAUCAACGGGAAGAACAAGAAGAAGUAGAAGCAAGAUCUAAAUCAAUGGAGAUUUUUUUUUCUUUUUGGAGUGAUGUAGAUGUACUCUCUGACAUCGACGCAGUGCUCGCGAUUUCGCUAGUGAAGUGUGUCUGAAAAUCAAGGUCUACCGCACCAAGCAAAAAUGCUUCGCGUGACGUCGGGAGCGGGGCAGUCAUGCUCGUCGCGGCAUACGUUGAGCCUCCGACCUCUCCAGCAUCGUGGUGUGGCUUCCUCUUGCGCUGGGGCGGCAGUAUCGACCACUACCAAUCACCAGACCGGACAUUCUAAAAAUGCGCCGCCACCGCCAGUUAGUGGCGCUUUUCCCCAAGAGCCGGCAUUUUCACCUUCCUCAAAUCCAAACUUGAAAACCCUUGCCAAUCGUUUUGACCGGUCGUCGUACCUGCAGCGCCACUUCCACAAGAAGAUGUUGAAGCAUGCUGCGAGGAGGGAGCUGAUGCCUUUGUUGGACUUCAUCGAAAAACACGAACUCGAGCUGGACACAUUGGACCGCGUCACGGCGAUCCAGGCGAUUCUCCAAUGCUCGAGCGGAGGAUCGAGCAGUGCCUCGUGCACCCGACCGCGAUUGGUUCGCCGCUUAGUCGACCGUGCGUUCGGGGAUGCGGCGCUCGUAUCGGAGGACUGCGGCCGGCUUUUUGCAAAUAUGUGUCUGUAUGUUUCGAAGUUGCGCAUACCCGGGGUACAGCUGCCAGUGCUACGCGACAUCGCAGGAGUACAGCACGCGAUGGAAAGUUUGGGGGCAACCGAAGCGGAGGCAUUGCACAAAUUGCUCAUGUCCGGCUACACGCCGAGGACGAUCGCGAAUCUGCUGCGCGCUUACGCAAACGCGAGGAUUUUGCAGCCUGGGUUGCUUCAGGCCGUUGCGCGAACGGUCAUGGAUUCUGGCAAUCGACAUCAAUCCUCGGAACAAAGUACGUUUCGUGGUGAAGAACAUGCGGACGCUCCCUCGCGACAGAUCGUGUACAGAAAUCGCGCACUCACAACCAUCGCCUGGAGCAUCGCGACGCUGCGACCGAAAAUCCCCGCACCCAGUCCGGCCGAGAGACAGAGAGCCGGACCAGCACAGCAGCGGUCUUUACUCACCGAUUGUGAACUAGCGAUGGAAGAAGUGGCACGGCAGUUGAAAAGGAACUUCGACGACCUGGAUUUGCUGGAAGCCUUGUCAUCUGCGACAGCGUCAACAUCUGGUGCUGCUGGACGAAAAUUCGUAGAAAAAAAUACAGCGGGCAAUGAAGAUAAUACUCAGCAAUCGCAAGACGAGGAAGCGGAAGGCGAUGCGUUCUCGUCUUCGGAACAAGAUCACGACUACGACGAAGGGGAGGACAACUUUAACGAACAAGAUGUCGCGAACGCAACCUGGGCGUUUACGCAGUUCCCCGGCGUCGAGCGAGAGGGCUGGUACCACACCGUCAGCAAAAUCCCGCCAGACUACUUCACGGCCCAGGGGAUGAACCAAGUUCUGUACGCGUUGACGAAAGCGAACCAUCCGGGGGCAAAAGUGUUCGGCGAAAGAGUGCAGGGUGUUGUGCUGCGCAAGAUUCGCGAAGAUCCAAAUUACGUCUUGUCUAAGCACCAUGACGCGGUGUUUUCGACACCGGAUAGUACUAAUCCAGCGUCGAAAACAAGAAGCAAGGACACUCUUGUCCCCUCCGUAGAUAAAUUAACCAGUCGCACCGUCGGGAAUCUUAUUUGGGCAUGCGCAGUAGCGAAGGUCGCGAAUGACGAAUUCAACCGGAAAUUGGGCAGACUGACGGAUGCGGAGAACCUGAUUGACGUAUGCAACAUCAGCUGGGGCUUGGCCGCCAUGAAAACCGAAGACGAGGCGCUGUAUUCAAAAUUUGCACGCUACGCGUCCGAAUUUCUCAUGGCGGGAAAAACAUCGAAAAAGUUAGCACCGCAAGUCAACUACAACAGCUCCCUGGAAGUAGGAGCAGGUGGUCCUGCUUCGAAUAAAGACCUCUAUCUUGGCGACGAAGGAGCUAGUGCACCGGCGACGAACAAAAAGCCCAGAACAGCAACGUCGCACAUCAUCGACAAGGAGCUGGUCACGGAGCAGAUGCUGCUGACUCUUGCGUGGAGCUUCCGACGUUACGCUGGAAAGACGCCCCAGGUGGACCGCAUGUACGCGCUGAUCUUGAACAAUUUUGUUCUCCCAGUCCUGAAGCACUCCACACACGGCAUCCGUGCGAAGGUCACCGGUAUCGUCGAGGCGGAGGAAGUCACUGCGAACCAGGUGAAGCGUGGCACUAUCAACUCACUGUAAAAAUGUCUGGGUCUGGAAAAGUGGAACUUGUAAUGCGUGUCAUGCAUUCCUGGAAAAUGAAAAUCUGUGUUGCAUGAGCAGCAAAGCAGAGGCUUUCUUUGUCAUGCAAAAACGCAAUUUGUAAUGCGUGCUAGGCAUCAGCAAGCCUCUCAAAAACUUGUCAUGCUUGGCUGCCAUUGGAAGCGCUUCAAUCAUGCGCAAUUCAGCAUCACAAGUUUCCAGACCCAGACAUUUUUGCAAUCCAUAGGCACCAUGAUGGUGCAACUCGCGGACGCGGAUCCCCGGCGGUAUCCUGAGUAAAAACGUACCCACACCAGAGUUGUAAUGCAGAUUUGCAAAGACAGGAAGACUUGUAAUGCGCAUCCCCAUGAGAGCCAUUUCCAAUCGUGUUUUGGAAUUUGUGAUGCUGUGAACAGGAUGAGCAGAUGAAUCUGUGAUGCGGCUGCACUCGCCAACCUGCACUACACUGCAGAGUGCAGCUUGUCAUGCGUGACUCGCAAAACUCCUAGGUUUGUGUUGCAAAAUCCCCAUCCUGACUCUGGUGUGGGUACGUUUUUACUCAGGAUAGGCGGGCAGGCAGGAUCAGCCCGGUUUGCGCUCCCGUGAACAUGCUGCACCGACUGGCGACGGACAAGAAAAACAACAUCGUGAAGUUGUAUUCGAAGACGGACGCAGCUGCCGCAGCGAUGCAGCCGAGGUCCGAAGAGGAGAAAGUGAAGGCGCACCAGCGCGUGCAGUACGAGUUAGCGAAGUUGAUCGCGACGAAUGUGAACAUGACUGCGAAACAGUGGAGCAGAAACAACAAGGCGGAAGAUUUGACGGACUACAGUGGCCGGAUGUACACGACGCUGUUAGACGUGAUCCCCUCCGUCCCUUCGGAGGUGACGGAGCUCAUUUGCCAUGAUUUCGUGAACCGGUUCUCCGCCUACACGGACCAGGAUCGCAAGCGGCUCCACGUCUACCUGCAGGAGAAAGUAGACUGCUUCCCGGACGCCAUAGGGGAAAAUCUACGCGAGGCGUUGUUGCGGGUGUUGUAGUGUUGGGACGAGUGAAGCACAACCACGCCAGUGUAGUUCCCUUUCAGAUCGACACAUGAUUGUCGUGAUACCAAGAAUACAGGAUCACAACAUCGACGUGGAUCCAGAUUCUGACCCUGACUUGGGCCUCAGAUCUCUAGAUGACAAAAAAAGUUGUGUUAUCUUCUUGUUUGGAUGUCCAUGCUAUGUAUUGUUCCAACCCUGGCAAACAAUUGUUUGUCCUCGUGAAGUAAAAUGUUACUUUAACGACGACAUUGUCGCUGCUUUCUCGCUGCUGG